GGGUCCUUUUUGGCUAUAGGCUAGCUGCCGAAACGAUAUUACGAGUCACAUUGUUUUACACAACUGUGGUAAAUCGUGAAAAGUAACACAAAUAUAUUUCGAUAAGUCUGUUUGGGGAAUGUUGAUAAAGUAGAAGCUUCAAUCGGUUCGGUCUUUUACGCCCUAACUGGCCCAGUAGUUUUGUCUUUGAACGUCGAAGGGUGUGUUUUGUCGUAACGUUAACGUUAGCGCUAGCGUAGCAAACAAGCUAGUCCUCAACCCGACGUAAUUCUGAUAUUUAGCUAAAUAAAAUAAGAGGGAGGCGUUAAUGAGCAACAAUGUCUGGCAUCGCUCUUAGCAGACUGUCCCAGGAGCGCAAAGCCUGGAGAAAAGACCACCCAUUUGGUUUUGUUGCUGUGCCUACCAAGAAUCCUGAUGGGACCAUGAAUCUGAUGAACUGGGAGUGUGCCAUUCCAGGGAAGAAAGGAACCUUGUGGGAGGGAGGACUCUACAAACUCAGAAUGCUUUUCAAAGAUGACUACCCUUCCUCACCACCCAAAUGCAAGUUUGAGCCACCAAUAUUCCACCCGAAUGUCUACCCAUCAGGCACUGUGUGUCUGUCCAUCCUGGAGGAGGACAAAGACUGGAGGCCGGCCAUCACCAUCAAACAGAUCCUGUUGGGGAUCCAGGAGCUGCUGAAUGAGCCUAACAUUCAAGACCCAGCACAAGCAGAGGCUUACACAAUUUACUGUCAGAACAGGAUGGACUAUGAGAAGCGGGUAAGGGCACAGGCCAAGAAGUUUGCCCCCACAUAGAGAGGAGUGUCUGGCCUUUAUCCUGCCAGAGCAGCCUGAACUGACAGAGGUUACAAACAGGAGGCAGGCGGCACCUGAAGGACCACUCCAAUAAGAAUCCAGUUUUGAGUAUUAUUAUACUAUUACACAGAUGACAAGUGAGCCUGUUUUAUUUCUUCCUUCCUUUCUUUUUCUUUUUUUUUCUUUUUCUUUUUUUUUUAAACAACAAAAGAUCAUAAUUUUACUGUCUUCAAGAAAUAUUUAUGCAUUUUAAUGCAUAGCUGAUGAUCCUAGAACUCUGCUGUCAACAUGACCUUUGCUCUUUGUAACUCUUGUAUAAUCCAUAUCUCCAGUUUUGUCAUGAGUGCUGCUGAGCUCACUCAUGCCUCCAUUAAUUCUGUAAAAUCAUGCUAAUGUAAGGACAGCGCUGUAGAAAUAAGAUUUCAUGUCAGAACCACUCUCUGUGUAAUGUUGGUGGGUCGUGGCAGAGGAGCAGUGUUUGCCUAUUCGUAAACUUCCAGUUUUUUAUCAAAUCAUCAAACCCCCGGAAAUAUUGUAGAUAGUGUUUCAUGGAUACGGGAAUAAACUGGGACAGAGCAGUUAGAAGCACAAUGGAAGUCGCUCCUUUCUUUGUGCUGGAGAUCCCUUCUUUCAUUCCUGUCACAUCAGAGUUUCCAAAAGAACAGUAUCAACAGAAUUUAUCAACACGUCAAAUAAAAGUAAAAGACGAUCCUGGCACUUAAAAGGAAAGAAGUGAAGCUCUGUCCACGUCAGAGGAGGGAAGAGCCACGGAUGGAAAAUGGGGCGGGUGGAGUCGGGGCUUUGUUCCUCCAUCAUUCAUCCCUCACUGGGGUGAAACGAAGAUUAACCUAGUGGUGAGAUUCUUUAUGUGAAUCCAACUGGGAACGAAACUAAUUUGUCUGUCACGGUGAUCAACUUAAGUCGCAUUCAACAGCAGUGGGUGUCAUCUGCUUCCCCGCUAUGAGAGAGAGGAGAAGUUGCAUAGUAAAAAAAAAAAUAAUAAUAAUAAUGAUAAGAACUGUUGCUGUGUGUUUGUUUUGGCUCAAUUCAUUCAGUCGUUUUAUCCCAUAUUUCCUAUAAAAAUGAAUAUAAACUUCUAUAAAUCCAAAAAAAAAAAACCUGUUAAG